AUGAGCAAGUUUGUGGCGACUCUAUUGGUUGUACUGGUGUCGCUUGAUGCCGCCACUGUAUUUGCUUAUCCACCUCUCUUUAGAAGAUUUAAUAUCGAACUUAAAAAUGGCCUCCAAUCUAACAAAGCCAUGAAGGUACACUGCCGAGCAAAAGGCGAGGAUUUCCCAUAUCAUAUUAUAGACAUUGGCGGCAUAUAUCAACUCAAGUUCACAGUCUAUGUAAAUACUUUGUACUGGUGCAACAUCUGGCAGGGACCUAAUUACCAACACCAUGCGAAAUUUAAUGCGUUCAUUGCGGUCGAUGAGUUCAUAAAUGAUACAUGCGGAGGUCGAAAGCCUAAUGUAUGCAGGUUUGAAGCGAGAGAGGAUGGAGUCUAUGCUCGUAACAACGCAAAGGGAGAAUCAGAGUAUAAGUUCCUUUACAAAUGGGACUCUUAGUUCUCGUUCAUGUGUAUCCCUUAGUAAAGAACUGAAUAAAUUUAGCAGAAAUUAAACCCCAUAUCAUAAAAUGCGUUCUAAAAACUAUUCUGUGGUUUGAUAAAUAAAGAU